CGUAACUGCGAACUUUUGUUUGGUGUGUUGUGUGAGUUAGUUUCCGCCGCCGGGACAGAGGCGCCGGCCGGGCUGGGCCGGGCUCGGGGAAGCGCCGCACGGUCAAAGUUGUUUUGCCAGUUGCUGCGGCCGGCUCGGUUUCCCGACCGAAGGGUGAGAAAGUACCGGCGACAGAAGGACGAGCUGCGGCCCGGGGAGCGGGGCAUGCGGGGCUGGGAAUCCGGGCUCUGAGCCGUCGAUCCCCGCCAGGGAAGUGCCGGGGGGGUCCCGACGGAGCCAUGGAUCCCGGGCAGCCUCAAGCGCAGCAGCCGCCGCAGGCAGCGCAGCCCCCGGCCCCGCAGCAGCAGCAGCAGCCGCCGCAGCCCCCGGGCGCGGUGUCGGGGGCCUCGGCCGGCGCGGCGCAGCCCCCGGGCGCGGGGCCCCCUCCGGCGGGGCACCAGAUCGUCCAUGUGCGGGGCGACUCGGAGACCGACUUGGAGGCGCUGUUCAACGCCGUGAUGAACCCCAAGGGCGCCAACGUGCCGCACACGCUGCCCAUGCGGCUGCGGAAACUGCCCGACUCCUUCUUCAAGCCGCCCGAGCCCAAGGCCCACUCCCGCCAGGCUAGCACUGAUGCAGGGACAGCAGGAGCCCUAACCCCACAGCAUGUCCGAGCUCAUUCCUCUCCAGCAUCACUGCAGCUGGGAGCUGUUUCUCCAGGGACGCUUACACCCUCUGGAGUAGUGACUGGACCUGGAGCUCCAUCUUCUCAACAUCUCCGCCAGUCUUCAUUUGAGAUCCCUGAUGAUGUACCUUUGCCACCAGGCUGGGAGAUGGCUAAGACACCAUCUGGACAGAGAUACUUUCUUAAUCAUAUUGAUCAAACAACAACAUGGCAAGAUCCUAGGAAGGCCAUGCUCUCCCAGAUGAAUGUUACAGCUCCCACUAGUCCUUCUGUGCAGCAGAACAUCAUGAACUCAGCAUCGGGCCCACUCCCCGAUGGAUGGGAACAAGCUAUGACCCAGGAUGGAGAAAUUUACUACAUAAACCAUAAGAACAAGACCACAUCUUGGCUAGACCCAAGGCUUGACCCACGCUUUGCCAUGAAUCAGCGAAUCAGCCAAAGUGCUCCAGUGAAACAGCCACCUCCUCUGGCUCCUCAGAGUCCUCAGGGUGGUGUGAUGGGUGGGAGUAGCUCCAAUCAGCAGCAACAGAUGAGACUUCAGCAGCUACAGAUGGAGAAAGAAAGGCUGAGACUGAAGCAUCAAGAACUGCUUCGGCAGGUGAGGCCACAGGCAUUGCGGAAUAUCAAUCCCAGCACAGCAAAUUCUCCAAAACAUCAGGAAUUGGCUCUCCGUAGCCAGCUUCCAACAAUGGAACAAGACGGUGGAUCGCAAAACCCCGUGUCAUCUCCUGGAAUGUCUCAGGAACUGAGAACAAUGACUACAAAUAGUUCUGAUCCCUUUCUUAACAGUGGAACAUAUCACUCCAGAGAUGAAAGCACAGAUAGUGGACUUAGCAUGAGCAGUUACAGUGUACCCAGAACCCCAGAUGACUUCCUGAACAGUGUUGAUGAGAUGGAUACAGGUGACAGUAUCGGCCAAAGUAACAUACCAUCCCAUCAGAACCGUUUCCCAGACUACCUUGAAGCCAUUCCAGGGACAAAUGUGGACCUUGGGACACUGGAAGGAGAUGGGAUGAAUAUAGAAGGAGAAGAACUGAUGCCAAGUCUGCAAGAGGCUUUGAGCUCUGACAUCCUUAAUGACAUGGAAUCUGUCUUGGCAGCCACCAAGCUAGAUAAAGAGAGUUUUCUUACUUGGUUAUAGGGGCCUCAGGGAGACUGAAUUCUAAAUCUGUGAAGGAUCUAAGGAGAUUAGGACAUCUGUAUCUGAAGUUCAGAACAAGCCAGUGUGGCACACUUUGGCUUGUGUUCAGAAAAAGUAAAUGAACAAAUAUUCAACAAGAUUCUUUCAGUUUGCUCUUCCUUGUCCAUCGCUGCUGUUAUAUAUUGCUGACUUUUUUCCACAGUUGACUCUGAAGAACAGACAUCUUGAUUUUUUUCUAUUGCUGUUGCAACUACUGUUCAAGGGGGGUGGGGAGGGAUGAUGAGCCUAUUUGGAUGACAAAUGCCAUUCCUUCUGUCCUAGUGUGCGCUUGCAUAUCAUUUUAUCUAAGUACUCAGAUUUGAGAGUUAAUUUCUGCAUGUCACUGCUUGUAGUUUGCUUAGCUAGUUGUCUACUGCUGCCUGUGACAAGUGGUAAAACAUGACAUACUCGGGUGACAAGCCAAAAAUGAUGUAUCUGGUCAAAAGAAGUCAAUACUGAUUUGGAGAUACAACUUAAAGGAGGGCUGAAGACUGGCAUUAAGUGUUUCUACUAGUAGCUCUUUCAUUAGUCACGAAGUGCUCUUCUUCAUAUGUUAUAGUAAAUCAUGAGUCAUUUUACAUAGAAACAUAUAUGAACUUUGAUUGUUGCCACAUACUCUAGCCUAACUUUUGUUUGUCAUCAAUACUUUGAUUAUUUUUGUUAGUUGGUUUAACUGUAGCUGUAGGAUGAGAAGUAAUUAUAGGUGUUCUUGGGUUUUUUUAAUAGUGAAAUCUAAGGGUUUUUUUCUGAUUUCACACAGUCUUAUUUAAAUCUGAAUUGUCUGCUUUUUUAUACUUAAAACAUGCCUAUUGUAGCCUGAUAAGCUAGUGAGUACAUAAACCAGUAUGUUUUGCCUGUAACUUUUUUAUUUUUUUAAAGGCUAGUUUUGAAUGUAAUCAUUAGAAUUUAUGACCAGUGGCUUAUUUUUCGUGUAUAUUUGCAAGAUUUUGAAUUAGAAUCUGAUAACAGCAAUGUAAAAGUUAAAAUACUGUUGUAUGUACAAUUUUUAAAUGCAUUUUAAAGUAGCAGAAACCAUUUUAAAAUUACAUGCAUCUAAUCUCUCUUCUGGUUUUCAGUUUUGAUCUCUGAGUUUAGAUUUUAAAAUCCUCAAUGGGAAAAAAUUGGUGAAAAAUUUCUCUCAAGUUAGCAUGGACAAAAAGUCUGAACCAUUAAUGUCACUGUGCGUUGCAAUGGAAAGGCUAGAACACCAAAAAAUCCUCAAUUAAAACUUCUAAGUGUAAUAGUUAUCAAAUUCUGUUUGGUGAAAAAUAAGCCCUGGACACUAUAUGUAGAAGAAUGUAAAGAUAUGUGUUAGAUGGUGACAUGAGCAGGUAAUGAAGUGUAUAUUAGUAGUAGAGCUUAGCAUGGGGUAGAGGUGAAUAUGAAUUAUCUUUUUUUUAACAGGAAAAGAUGUAUCACUAAGUUGUCUGCAGGAGUUGACACAAGUUUCCAAAGAGUAUUUUUAAAUGAACAAAAUGAGCAUGAAUCAAACUUUCAAUAUAAGCUAUGAUUUUUUGUGGGGCUUUUGGGCUUUUUCUGAUGAAAAAGUGUCACUAGUUAACACCUCUAUAAUUAAGGGCCUGUCACCAUUCUCAACAUGAGCCUUUAUUUUCAAGGGUGUAUAACAUGACUCUAAAGAUACUGCAGGUGUGUAACUUGGUUUUGAAAAAAA